GAAUAAACAUUUUCUGUGUCGCUUAUUCAUUUCUCUGUUCAUUAUGUGUUUGUCAGAAAGGAGACAGGUGAGCGGCAAGAGGAAGAGGAAAGUUGUCCGUCGUCCAAAGUACCAACCCCCUCAAAGCGGAUCUAAUUGGUCGAGUGACGUCUGCUUUCCAUAGAGUGAAGAUGUCUCCAGCGGGCCAGAGUGAAUCUCCAGAGUGGUAGUUUGGGGGGAAAAGUGGGCGAUGGCACACCUUCAAAGACAGUGCUGACAUUGAAGACCAGUACCAGCAGGACUUCAAUGGAUCCAUGUCCUUCACUGUCAACGGACAGGCCUACAAGCUGGACUUCUCAGCCAUGAAGCAAACCAACCAGUCUACAAGGGCGACGCGCAACAUCAGGCGUGUCUAGAGAGCAUGAUGAACAACGCAACACUCCGACAUCAUCAUUGCCUGUUUAUUUUAGGGGAAGUAGAAUUGUUGGGUUGCUAUCACAUGCAAUAUGUUUACAUGCAAUAACCUGCCAUUAGCUCACGAACGGGAAUACAUGCCUAUUGCAGAAACGGACUACAGAUAUUGGAUAUACUCCUGUACACACUGUGUAUGAAACAACAUGCACAAUAACAAACUGUUUACCUUUUUCUGUGUGUGUUUUGUUGUUGUUGCCCCGCAAAAGCAACGUGCAUUAUCUGCAAAUUUGGUAAGAAAUAUUUGAUCUGUUGUAAUAGCCUGGUGUAAUAUGUGAUAAUAUGGCAUUUCGUUUCCUGACGAGAACAACCCAGCCAAUCAGAAUAUAGAUAAUAAGGCAUUUCGUUUCCUGAGGAGAACAACCCAGCCAAUCAGAAUAUAGAUAAUGAGGCAUUUCGUUUCCUGACGAGAACAACCCAGUCAAUCAGAAUAUAGAUAAUAAGGCAUUUCGUUUCCUGACGAGAACAACCCAGCCAACCAGAAUAUAGAUAAUAAGGCAUUUCGUUUCCUGACGAGAACAACCCAGUCAAUCAGAAUAUAGAUAAUAAGGCAUUUCGUUUCCUGACGAGAACAACCCAGUCAAUCAGAAUAUAGAUAAUAAGGCAUUUCGUUUCCUGACGAGAACAACCCAGUCAAUCAGAAUAUAUCAUGAAGUACCAGAAAUUGCUGUAUGUCUGGACAGAAACAGACUUUGAAGUCAGAUUUUGCUGUUAAUUAUUUUAAGCAGAUAUUGCACUUUGCCUUUGUAGGGUAUACAUGUAUGAGGAAUGCUGUAGCAGACGGCCAUGAUCAGGUAACUGUUCCAAACCUCGAAAAAUAAGUUCGAAACCUUGUUCGAAACCUCGUUAAAUAAGCCUUAAUAUUUUAAUUGAAUCAUUUAUUUGAAUCAAGGGUCAUAGCCAAUUAUGUAUAUACACAUCAUUGGUCAUGUAGCUUGUGUUCAUUUCUAACAUGGCUGUUCAGAAUAAACAGCCCACUGACUGCCUUGUACUUUACACCUAGAUGAGUUACAUUUUUAUUGCUGCAUUACAUUCUCAGAAGAACUGCGAGUAAACUAAUUCUGUUAAGAACAGUUUGACUUUUAGCAAUGAUGAAUUGAUUAUGUUUUAUGAAAAUCAAUGCAAUACAAUCUACAGUAAUGUGGUAGUAACAAUGUUGGAAUAACACUGCGUUAAAAUGUUCCUACAAAUGGGCUGACGCUUGUCCUAGGUACCUUAAUAUGAUUGAAAGCUUAAACUGCCGUAUUGUUACUGUACACAAUGAAUAAAGACAAAAAACAGUGUAUGUUUCCAUGAAAUAAGGUUUUGAUUAAAAGCUGGAAUAAAAUCGGAAAUGUUUGAAUGUUUUUAUUUUGUGUUCUGGUAGUUUCCAUGAUUGUUCUUGGUUCUACUAACUCUGCGUUUCACCAACCCUUUGUUCAUCUUUAUUUUUCUUUCUCCAAUCUGAAACGGUAUGUUUUAUGCGAAACAGCCGCGCCCGUCAUGCCCAAGAAAUGAAAGUGAAAGCAAUACAAAAUAAAGUCUUGACUGAUGUGUAAAGACGAAUGAAAUUUUCACUCUAUAUUAUCAACUAAAAUGUCAUUACGUGGGUUUGGCAAUAGUUAUCUGGAAAAUGAGGAAGAGGAGGAGGAAGAGAACUAUGAGCAGAGCACAUCUAGUCAGUCUGCCUCAGCCAGGGGGAGCCACUUUGAGUGGCAGCUGUAUGAAGGACAGAAAUGGCUUAGUAUUGGCAAUGACCAUGUGAUCGAGACCCACUACUGCCAGCCUGGGGCCAAAGGAAUGAACAUCUACCCAUCACACAUGGGGCAGGUCUAUAUAGAUUUUGAUCAGAUUGAGGCUCAAAAUGCUGCCAUGGGUGUACGGCGACUCACGUUCCUACCUCAGGGUCAAAAUGAAGACAUCGGGUGGUAUUUCAAAGACGAUCUGAUAUGGCGUGAAUACGGUUCUUUGGGUCCAGGUCAGGCCUCGUCCUCAGUCAGUAGUGGUGAUGUGGAACGACAGUACAUCCUCAGACCUCAGGGGACCUUCCACUUCACUGUGGGGAGCACCAGCUACACGUUAGACUUCACAGCUAUGACACAGACCAAUUCAGCCACCCGGGUACAGAGAAACGUCCGGCGGCGUCCAAAGUUCAACUCCAUCGUCUCAGGGAAUGGCAGCGUAUCCAUUGCCCAAUCAGCCCCCACCGUAAUUGCCUCACCACCUCCCUCUGCUGGCUACACCUGGGAAUUCAUGGGCGAGGAGGGAGUGUGGAUAGAAUACCAGACUCCAAGUUGCUCACUGGGGAGUGCUGGGAUUGAGAGACGCUACCAGAAGAACCCUAAGGGACAGAUACGCUUCAAAGCUGGGAGAUAUUCCUACACCCUCGACUUCUCAGGCAUGUGUCAGACCAACGUUCGCAUCGGGACCAAAAGAAUUGUGAGGAGAACUCAAUGUGAAGCUCAACAAACAAGCAGUGGAGGAUUGGGUUUACGGUCCCGUUGGCAGUUUCAAGACGUGGACGGAAGCUGGAAAGACUUUGCCAAAAGGAGCGACACCUGCAGUGUAUCCAGCCAGGACAUUGAAGCCCAGUACCAGCAGAACCCAAAUGGAACUAUGAACUUCACUACCAGGAGAUUCAGCUAUCAACUGGACUUCUCAGCCCUGACCCAAAGAAACCUGUCCACUCAGACCACCCGAUCUGUUCGACGCCUGAACUAAUCACUGCCCACGACACUGUCCUCUGUCAGGGGCGAAGUGCAAUACCCUGGCAGUGGAGGCUGGUGGGAGGAGCUAUAGGAGGACAGGCUCAUUAUAAUGGCUGGAAUGGAAUAAAUGGAACGGUAUCAAACACAAACACAUGGAAACGUUUUACUCCGUUUCUUUUAUUCCAUUCCAGCCAUUACAAUGAGCCCGUCCUGCUAUAGCUCCUCCCACCAGCCAUUACAAUGAGCACUUCCUCCUAUAGCUCCUCCCACCAGCCUCCACUGUACCCUGGGUGCAUCUCAAUUGUCUAAAGUGGCUUCCUCAUCUCCAUUUCUUCAUGUGCACAGUGAAGAUGAAGUCACUGUCCGGUAUUGAGAUGGAACCCCUUCCAUUCUACUUCUUCCUAAAAAUGAAACUUGUUUACAUAUGUAUUCAUGUAUUUCCUGUUAUUUUUUCGACAUUGUGCAUAUACUUAAAAACCAAUACUGUUAUUAGAAAAGUAGCUUCUGACAAUCUGCACAAUACUUUUUUAAAUGUGAUCUGUAGAAAGAACCCUCUCACUGCCAAUGGUACAAAAGGAACAAGCCUUUUGAGCAUGUUCUAGCAUGUACAUUUUCUCAUUGUCUUUAGUUUGAAUAAAAGGUGAUUUUCAAGU